AUGUUGUCAGCUCGUCCCAUGCAGCCUCUUGCCAUCUCCAUACCCCCCUCCCUGCCACACUCGCCCACCCGCUCUCCCGUCCCCGACUCCUCCAUCAUCCCCUCGGCCGCAGCUGGCACCAUUCCAUCAUCUCCACUAUCGUCCGUCGUGAAUCCUCCACAGCCCUCCACCCCUCCAGCACAUACGCUGGUGGUUCCUUCUACGUCUAUCCCCGCACAGCCUAGUAAUACCCCAAAUCACUCCGACACACGUAGCACAGAUAGUGGUAAUUCGAAGGAGCAGCCACUAAUAACUCGUCCCUUCCAUGCCAUCCCCUUCUUCGCCUCAGGCUCCACACCCCUCGAGACGUCCGUCUCGCUCCUUCCUGGCGACUGCCUUCCAGCGCCGCUCUCCCUCCCCCACUGCUCUGUCGACAACGUCCCAUCAUCUGGCGGGUCCUCUCCCCGUUUCCCCUUCGCGCGGCGAGCUAGUCAGAACUAUUCUGCGAUGGCAGCCUCCCACUCCCAUCCUCCGUCACCUCCACACGAAUACUCCGAUCGCGAACAUCUUCCGUCAACUCCUUCAUAUAGCACACAGCCAUCAACACCUAAUCCAUCCGCCCCAACGACCACCCCCGCUGCCAAUAGCACUGGUAAGAACGCGAAGCACGCGCAUGGGCCUUUGCAUGACCUUAAACGCUUCCUUAAUCACCAUAUACCCCAUCCUCACUCUCAUCAGAACAGUACCCAUAGUACUGCUCCUUCGUCAGCCGUCGCUACACCGCCUCCAGAGCAUUCACAUCCCAUAGCGGAACAGCGCCGCGGGCCAGACUUUGAUCAGUCGUCUCUCCUGCACGCUGUGCCAGCCAUUGCCACUCCGGACACGGUCGGCUUGAUGUCGAGUGCUCCUGGCACACCCGGCAGUGUUCCCCACGAUAUUCUUGCUGACCAUAGCAAGCUGCGCUUCUCGAUUCGCCGGCGCGAUAAAGAGAAGGACAAGAACGACGUGAAGGACAAGCAAAAGAGAGAUGAACAAGAGAAGCUUGUGGCCAAGGAGUAUCCCUCCAAAAUGCAUGUGGCCAAGACCCCAUCUCCUGGCGCGUCGACGUCGACGGCUAGCAGCCAGCGUAGCUCUCGUUCACCCCCACACACGAUGCACUCUGAUACCAGCCCAAACGAAUCAGGAUCGGGUUCGCCCCCUUCGUCUGUGCCGAGUUCAUCGCAUAUGUCGAAGCAUUUUGCGGCUCCAUCAGGACACUCUACGCCUGGACACGCUGCUCAAUCGCUUUCCACGGCUACUCACGCGCAUAUGUCCAAGAAAUAUGGCAAAUGGGGUCGCGUGCUGGGUAGCGGUGCGGGUGGAACCGUUCGCCUGAUUAAAGGAUCUAACAAGAUGGGAGGGACGACCUUCGCCGUGAAGGAAUUUAGGCCCAAGCGCCACGGCGAGAGUGAGAGGGAGUAUCAGAAGAAGGUCACGGCAGAGUUUUGUGUUGGAAGCACACUCAAGCAUCGAAACAUCAUCGAGACGGUUGAUAUUGUGACGGAUCAUGGCCACUAUUAUGAGGUCAUGGAGUACGCACCCUAUGAUCUUUUCAGUGUCGUUAUGUCGGGCAGUAUGUCUCGACCAGAGAUAUAUUGCGUCUUUCGUCAGAUCUGUGACGGCGUGGAGUAUCUGCAUUCUCUUGGCCUCGCCCACCGCGACCUCAAGCUCGAUAACUGCGUGAUGACGACCGAUAACGUCGUGAAGCUGAUAGACUUCGGGACCGCUACCGUCUUCCACUAUCCUGGGAAGAAAAUGACUAUGGCGACGGGUAUUGUCGGCAGUGAUCCAUACCUCGCUCCGGAGGUACUGAGCGAGCAGGAGUACGACCCAAGGAAGACAGACGUAUGGAGCGUUGCGAUCAUCUUCAUGUGCAUGGUGUUGAGGCGGUUCCCCUGGAAGAUUCCAGACCCCAAGACGGACCCUAGCUUUAAAGCCUUCGUCCAGGCCCACCCCGACUUAUCGGAGAAGCCGAAAGAGAUGCCCCACAAGGUCGAUGACUCGAGCAAGGCAAUACCACCGACGUCGGCUGAAUCGAGUGCUGCCCCAUCCAUUGCUCCGUCUGAUGCGUCGACUGCGCCUUCUGUCAAUGGCGAGAGUGGUGAGGCUGACUCAUGUGAGCUCUGCCAGGCUUCCUUGCGCAGCUCGGAUUCGUCCUCUGCUUCCGGGUCGGAUGUGGAUGUCACCGAGGCGGGUGAGAAGGAAAGGCGUCGACGAAGCUUGCGUAAUCUUCCCCCGGGCGUGUUCUCCCAUUCGACAGCCACUCUUCCCGCUGUGCUCCUGCCACACGUCGCAACUGAGUCUCAAGCCGACCAAGAUCCUUCUGUGCUCACUUUUGCCCGUCCUGCUGACUCGACCGAAUCUCUUCCUGCACCUCCGUCUCCGCGUAUGUUCAGGAAGCAGCCUGCUAGCCAGUCCACUGGGAACACUUCGGCGACCCUCCAUGCAGGGUCACAUGAGGCGCUUGCUCCCGCGAAAGACGUGUUGCCAAGCUCGACUAAAGAUGUCAAGUCCAAGGACUUCUCUCAAGGUCCCAGCAAGGAGGCGCAACUUAGAAAGGUCGAGGCUGUGCAGCAGAAGGUUACGGAUGCACAGAGGCCCGAUACUAGCGCGAGUACAGCGACCGUGAAGGCGCUCCAGAAGGAGCCGGCUGCUCGUCCUCGCCGUCGUGCUGAUAGCAAAGCAUCUGUGGCGACUUUCCACCAAGGCGGUGCGGAGUCUAUCUUCAGGCUCCUCCCUCGUGAAUCGCGCCCUGCGAUGCGUCGGAUGAUGCACAUCCAGCCAUCGGCGCGUUGCACGCUUACAGAUCUUCUAUACGGCAAGGGCAAGUCAAACGACCUACUGUGUGGAUGCAACUCGCACGCUCGCGAUAGCCCGCGCUGCCAAGACCACGAUCACAAUCCUGAGGACGAGGAUGACGGCGACUCAUGGCUGCGUAGUAUCAUGUCGUGUUCGGUGCCCGAUGUGCAGCCAAGUCACACGCACAUCAAGGUCACAGUUGACGAUAAGCAGAGCAAGAAGCGGUUUUUCUAG